GCCUCAACUGAAAGAAUCUAUUUAAAUGAUUUUCUGAGGGAUAUUGGCGCAAUUACUAAUCUCACUGAAGCCAAGUUUUACAGCACUUCAACGCAGGCUCUCUAUGCGCUAACUCCCGCUGUCAGAGAUCAAAGUAGAAAUAAAUUCCUCGAAAAUGUCCACGAAACUCUAGCGCUUGUGUCCGCAGACCUUCUUCAGCAAACUGAGGGCGAAAUCACUUUCAUUUAUGAUGACAGCAACAAGGACUCCCAAUGGAGUGAACUCAUCUUACAGAUCUAG